CAAUUCAUAUAUAUUGUAAUAAUAUUGCUAAUCUAGAAAGCUUAUCUAUAUCUAUAAAUCAUAUCAAAUAAAACAAUCAAACCAAAAUCAAUGUCUGCCCACAACCUUCCCCCUGAAAUCAUUGAAUCAAUUCUCCGUGUGCUGCCUGCAAAAUCUUUGGGCCGGUUCAAGUCGGUUUCGAAACCAUGGUGCUCUUUAAUCUCUACUCCCAAAUUCAUAAAAUCCCAUCUCGUCCAUCAAAACCAUAACACCACUAAACUGAUUCUUCUAAUUUCUGAUUCCAAUUCUCUCUACUCACUUGACAUAAACAGCCACAACCUAUCUGCAACUGCAAAACAACUCAAUUUCGGCCCAAAUACGAUCGAGUUCGAAGAGAUAUUAGGGUCCUGCAAUGGGAUUGUGUUAGCCAAAGACAAAGAUGACACCAUUUUGUUAAUAAAUCCAACUACAAAAGAGAUCUUUAGAAUUCUGGUUUCCCCUUUCGCACUCCCUGUUAGAGAGAGUUUUGUCAUGUAUGGAUUCGGCCACAAUUCGAGCAAUGAUGAUUAUGUAGUAAUAUCGAUUUCCUUUUGGGACACUGAUAAUGAGUAUAACCCGGAUUGUACGGAUAUGUAUGUAAGCAUGUAUAGUUUACGUAACGGUUUAUGGAGGAGGUUAGAUUGUUCUCCAUAUGAUCAUGCAGUUGGGCAUUUGGUUAGUGGGGUUUUAGUCAAUGAGAAGCUUCAUUGGUUAACUAGCGUGCCACGGCGUGGGUAUUCGUCGAUUAUUGCUGCAUUUAGUUUAGAAAGCGAAGAGUUUGAAGAGAUCGAAUUGCCUGACAUGGUAGAUAAAAAUAAAGGUGUGUUUAAUGAGCUGGUUGAUCUUGGUGGGAAGCUUUGUAUGUUUGGAAGUCAAGAAAGUAAUGAUUUUUGGGUGAUGGAAGAGUAUGGGGUCGGUGAAUCGUGGAGGAAGAUAUAUAUCCAUGGAGUAGAGAUAGAUCCUGUUAAGCCCGUGUGUGGUAAGAAUGGGGAUAUUGUAUUCGGUGAUGAAGACGGCGUUUUAGUAUAUGAUAUAGAUGAGAAAAGAUGCAGCAAUGUGAGGAUUGAAGGCGGCCCGAAUGGGUUUGUUGUUGGUGGCAGUUAUUUUGAAAGCCUUGAAUCACUUAAAAGAAGGCUAUAAAUAUGCAGGUUCUUUUUUAAUAAUAAUGUAUGAGUUGUUUGUUUAAUGGGAUAAGAAACGGUAUGAGAAGAAAACUUAUGUUUUUGUAUUCUUGAGUUUUUUAUUAAAAGAAAGGAAAGUGAUGGAAAGGAAAAGUGAGACGUUUUGGAGCUAAAAACUUUCCUUCCAUAUUUGACAUGAUUUAGAAGGAUAAGUUAUAAAUUUAUCAAUAUACCUUUCAACCAUUAUAUGAACUAUAAUAAUUAUGAGGUUAUAAAUGUAAAAUUACAUAUUUUUAUCCUUUCUUAUCCUUCUCUUUUAACUCAAGAAUGCCUUUACAUCAUUUUAUUCACUUUUUUUUCUUUUAAAUGAUAAAACUCAAGAAUGCAUUUUAUAAAUAUAAUUUUUUAUCCAAUCUUCUCCUAUCCAAUCUUCUCCUUUCUUUUUCUUUAAUAAAAACUCAAAAAUACAAUCAUCUAAUAUGGCAAGUAAUUAUAAUAUCUUAAGGAAGUUGUUUGUUUAUUAAUUUGAUAUUUAGUAUGUUUUGGAUUAUGUCAUCUGACCAUCUGUACUACUUGAUA